AUGGUUGAUAUUCCUUUUAAACCCAAUUGUAUCAUUCUGAAUGCUAUAUUAAGUAGCUGCAAAACUUAUGGUGCAGUGGAGUUGGGACGAGAGGCUUUUGAUCGGCUAUUUUCUUUGCAGCCGCACAAUUCUGCUGUGUGUCUAACAAUGGCUCGUUUAUACGCAGAAGAUGCCUUUUGGGACGAGGAUGCUAAUAUAAGAAAUAUCAUGAAGCCAAAAGGAGUGCAAAAAGGCGUUGCGUGGAGUUGGGUUGAUGCAGAUGAACAAUUGAGAUUUUCGCAGAAGGAAUUUGAAGUGUUGGAGCAAAUGAUUAUCGACUUCACUUAUGAAGCAACUGAUAUAAUUACCAUUUACCAAGAAUCCUCGAUUCAAGAUCUUACUAAGUUAUAGAAGAGAAGACAAAAUUAUCAACAAAAAAUGUUCAAAUCCUCCAAGAGUAAUCUAAUUAGCAAUAGUAAUGUUGUUACACCAUGGAGACUUUACCUAGUGAAUGUCCUAGAAUCCCUUCAAGCUCAAAUUAUCAUUAUUUUUCUACUUGUAUUUUAUUUAGCAUUGUCUAUAGUUGAGCUUUCAUCUUCUAUGACACAAACUUCUUGCCAAAAAAUGGAAGGGAAACUAGAAGCAUGGUAUCAUUGUUCAAUUUUAAGCCUAUUGUGUUUGAGGGUAUUGCUUUUAAGUGUAGGGUUAGGAAGGUCAUUUUUUGAGAAAUCGGGUUAUGUAGUUGAUGGGGUGGUUGUGGUGGUGGCGUUGGUGUUGGAGGUGGUGUUAGCGAGGGUUGGAGGCGGGUUCUUCUUGGUGGUGAGCUUGUGGCGAGUGGUUCGCGCGGUGGAGAAUGUGUAUGAGUUGAGUGAUGAUGCUAUCCAAACCAAGAUUGAGGAGGUGGAAUGUGAAUUUGGUGUGUUAAGAGAAGAAAAUAAGAGGUUCUUGGAAACAAUUGAAGAGGAGGCUAAAGUCAUACUGAUGCUUCAACAAGAGCUUGGCGAUAAUGUAAUUUGUGGUUCAUAA